AUUUCAAUCAUGCUAUUCUUCAUUCUCUUUCUCUCCAUCAUCUCUCCAACUCAAUUGGUGGAUCAAAGGAUCCAUCAUCCUUCAAAGUGUGACCACCUCUCAAGAUUUCCAACAAAGGGAUUCACCAUGGUUUUGAAGGUUUCACUCAGUGGUUGUGGAAGGUUUAAAAGAGUCCAAGAUGCUAUUGAUGCAAGUAUUGGAUCAAGCCAAACCAAGACACUAAUCUUAAUUGACUUUGGCAUCUAUAGGGAGAGAGUUAUCUUUCCAAAGAACAAAAUCAAUCUUGUGGUGCAAGGAAUGGGAUACACAAAAACAUCCAUUGAGUGGGAUAAUACCGCAUCUUCUUCCAAUGGCACCUUUUAUAGUUUCUCGGUUGCGGUUUUUGGAGAAAAAUUCACCGCCUACAACAUAAGCUUCAAGAAUACGGCUCCCGCACCAAACCCCGGAGCAAUCGAUGCACAAGCGGUAGCUUUACGAGUUUACGGAGACAAAGCAGCAUUCUAUGGAUGUGGCUUCUAUGGGAACCAAGACACACUUUUGGACCAAGAAGGAAGGCAUUUUUUCAAAGAAUGUUUCAUCGAAGGAUCAAUCGACUUUAUAUUCGGUAACGGGAGAUCCCUUUACGAGGAUUGCACAAUCCAUUCGGUCACAAAGGAAAAUACACUUGGUUGUAUUACGGCCAAUGGAAAGGGACUACCAAACGAGCGAGCGGGAUUCGUUUUCGUGAAUUGCAAGAUUACGGGAAGCGGGAAAGUGUGGCUCGGACGUGCAUGGAGACCUUAUGCAAGUGUUGUCUUCUCCAAGACAUACAUGUCUAGAGUUGUUUCUCUUGAUGGGUGGAAUGACAUGGGAGAUCACAAGACACAAAGGACUGUGUAUUACGGAGAGCAUCGGUGCUACGGACCAGGAGCCAAUCACAUUAAACGUGUUCCCUAUGCGAAGCAACUCACCGAUGUGGAAGCGGCUCCUUUCACCAACAUCUCCUUCAUCGAUGGAGAGCAAGAAUUCUCUGGUUUCGACACUGCAGCCACGACAGAGGCUACUCUUUAUACAACCACACUAGAGACUGCUACAACAUUUUCACACACUGAGCUACUGAAAGGUAAUAUGACCUCCUCCCUUGAUGAUGGCAUAGAUGUGUAUGCAGGUUGGUGGCAGCAACCGAGGAUAUGGAAAUAUAAAUCAGAAGUGUCAAACUCCACCAUCUAUAGGUCUGUUGUUGCCACCGGAGCAACAAGUUCAAUCUACUCAACAUUCUCUGAGACGCUUGAUACUUUUGGCCAUAGAGACAUCCUCAAGAAACCCCUCAAGAAAAUAUUUCUGAACAAAUGUAACAUUUUGAGAUCAGAAAACACUCAUUAGAAUCAGGUGAGUCAUGUACACAACGAUUAGACAAUGAAUACUUUCUCUGUUUCAUACACCAGUUCCUAACCUUGAUGUUCAGCCUUUUCCUUACGCAUUGUAUCAUCUCCCUGACUAGUAGUACUCCUCCUCUUUUGUAACUAACUGGAUCAAAUAAAAACGCAUUCUAGUG